UAAAGUGAAAAGGAUAGAGAAGAGGAUGACGACGACGACGAUGAAGCAAGGGAUUCUGACAUUGAGCCCUUGUCAAUGGCCUCACACUCUCUCUAGGGUUUCUCACUCAUCUCUCAAGAUACCGAAAAACCCCAAGCCCAACUCCUUUUUCAAAACCUUUGCUUCGAUCAAUGGCAAUGCAGGUGCUUCUACUGGAGAAGAUAAAUUUCUUCUGCUACCGGAAAACGAUCUCAAGGAGAGAGUGGUCUUGAGGCUUCCAGCAACAUCAAUCAUAGUCACCAAUGCCAUUUUGUUUGCUAAUCCUUUUCAAGCACUAGCUGAAACAUGUGAAGCUGACAACUCUGUUUUCAACAUGAAUAUGCCAUUGUUACUUUUCUUUUCCCUCAUUGGGGCAACUGUUGGAGGGCUUCUUGCGCGGCAGAGGAAAGGUGAGCUACUUCGGUUGAAUGAACAGCUGCGCCAGAUCAACUCCGCGCUGAGAAGGCAGGCUAAGAUUGAAUCUUAUGCGCCCGGUUUGAGUUAUGCUCCUAGCGGCCGCAUUGCAGAGAACGAAGUCAUUGUUGAUUCAAGGAAGCAAGAUUUGAUUUCCCGUCUCAAAAACGGGAAGAAUUUCCUAAGGAAUCAGGACCCCGGGAGGGCGUUUUCUGAGUUCAAGGCGGCACUUGAGCUUGCUGAGAAUCUUGAAGAUCCAAUUGAAGCAAAAAAGGCUGCAAGGGGUUUAGGGGCGUCGCUGCAAAGGCAGGGAAAGUAUAGGGAUGCCAUCAAGUACCAUUCCAUGGUUUUGGAAAUCUCGCAAAAGGAAGGAGAGGAGUCUGGAAAUACAGAAGCAUACGGUGCUAUAGCUGAUUGUUACACUGAGCUUGGAGAUCUUGAGAGAGCUGCAAAAUACUAUGAUCAGUAUAUUGCGAGGUUACAGUCCGACUGAUCUUUCAAUUCGUGUAAUCUCUAUCUUGCCUUUGGUUGCUGCCGUAAUGCAUAAGUUGAGCUUGUAUGGACAAUAAAUUUUGUUGUAGAUCUAAUGUACUUGUAUCUUUGAACUCCUUCUGCUCUGAACUGAAAAUAUUUCUCAAGGAAAUUUCAGUAAACACCUAAACA